AUGUGUAUGAAUGCGAUGGAAACAGGUGUAUCUUCAGGAGACACCAAGGACUUGAGGCUGCCAAAGGACAUAAAGCCGUAUGCGUACGAUCUAGACAUAAUACUUAAAGAGAGCAUGUGCGAGUUUGCAGGAAAGCUCCGGGUCAAUGCUGUUGUUCUAAAGAGCACAAACAUGAUAUCUUUCCACAGCAAGAAGCUCGAAAUACUGAGCAUAAAUGCAAUCCAGGUCGGCCCAAAGGACGCAACUGAGGAGGUGGAAAUCGUUAGUGUUCUGCAGAACAACUCAGAAGAGAAUGUGAAUUCGAUUGUCACCGUAAAGACCAAGGAUGUUCUGAAGGAAAACAACGAAGUGAUUAUAGACAUUCUGUACCACGGAGUAGUCUCUGAGGACAUGGCAGGGUUUUACAGAAGCGAGGACCGCGUGGACGACGCAGUAAAGUACAUAUACUCUACGCAGUUUGAAGCCACGUCUGCGCGCCUGGCCUUCCCGUGCUGGGACGAGCCAGAGUUCAAAGCCAUGUUCAACAUAUCCAUCACGGCGCCGUCGAGGCUUACAGUCCUUUCCAACGCAGCCUUGAAGGAGGAGAUCAAGGAGAUAGACACUAGCGCAGACGAUGCGUACGACGCAGGCGUAGAGUACACAAAGCACGUUUUCAAGACAACGCCAAUUAUGUCAACGUACUUGGUUGCGUGGGUUAUUGGGGAGCUUGAGUAUAUAAAGGAGGACAGAAUCCGGGUGUACACGCCAGUGGGCCAAAAGGAAACAGGGCGCCUUGCCCUGGAUGUGGCUGUGCGGUGCCUGAAGUUCUUUGACGAGUACUUUGGGAUCGUGUAUCAGAUGGAAAAGCUGGACAUGGUGGCAAUCCCCAACUUCUCGGCAGGAGCCAUGGAAAACUGGGGCCUGGUUACAUACAGGUCGUCUUCUUUGCUGUAUCGGGAGGGAAGCACCACGGAAAUGAACAAGCUGUACAUUGCAGAGACAGUCUGCCACGAGCUUGCACACCAGUGGUUUGGAAACCUGGUGACAAUGCGGUGGUGGAACGACCUGUGGCUCAACGAAGGGUUUGCCACGUGGGCAGGAACUCUUGCAACAGCAACCAUGGCCAAAGAGAUAAAUCUGCUGUACAACCCGUGGGAGAUUUUCCUGGAGAACGACAUCACGCACGGGAUGCAGAUGGAUGGAAAGCUGUCCACACACCCCAUUAACGUAAAGGUGGAGUCUGCUGGUGAGAUAUCUUCGAUAUUUGACGCCAUCUCAUACUCGAAGGGCGCCUCUAUGAUCCACAUGCUUUCCAAGUACGUGCACGAGAGCUACUUUAUGGAGGGCCUGCGCAAGUACAUCAAAAAGCACAAAUACCAAAACACGGAGACGUGCGACUUGUGGGCGGAGCUGGACAAAGGAGACAACGCGAUUGUCGAGUCGAUGAGCAACUGGAUAAACACGCCAGGGUUCCCCAAGGUUUUGGUUGACGUAGAGGACGGGCAGCUAGCGCUGAGCCAGACCAGAUACCUGCCUGCAGAGGACCUGAAGAAAACAAGCAGCGAAAGAACCGAGCAGUGGAUGAUUUUCCUGACAAAGAAAAGGUUUACAGAGGCAGACGUUGAGGAAGAGUCGAUUCUUUUCCCAGAGAAAACAAAGAAACUGCGCGUUGGAGAUGAGCUGGUCAUGUUCAACGCAGACUCGGCCGGGUUCUACCUGGUGGAGUACUCUGAAAAGGCGCUGGAGAGGCACAUCGUGCCCCUCCUCAAGUCGGACAAGCUCACGCAGUUUGACCGGUUCGGAAUAUUCAGGGACAUUAUUCGGCUGUCCAAGGACGGGCACAGAGACGCGACGUAUGCUUUGAACGUGCUGCAGCACAUAAAGGACGAAGAAAAGGCGUUCAUUGUGGGGCAGGCUGUGGAAUACCUAAAGAUGAUUCAGACUCGAUACAAGGGCGAUGAAAGCAUAAAGCUGGCUGUUUCAACCGAGCUCUCGAACCUCCUGCAAAAGUACGUGGACGGAGUGACUAGCUUCGAGACCGUGCCCGACGACGUGGAGGAGAGAAAGAUGCGGAUUAUUGCGGUGAGUGCGCUCGCGCAAAUUAGGGACUCGCCUGUGCAGAAGGAGGUGAUGCGGCUGGCGGAAACCGAGGAGCUGUUUAAAGUGCACAAGGACUAUAAGAUGAGCAUGUACUGCUCGUACGCAAAGUUUGGAGGAAAGGCCGCAUAUGAGCACAUGUACAAUAUUGUCAAGAGCAAGGCUGCAGACGAGAAUGAAAAGCUGCGCGCAAUACUUGCGCUGUCGUGCUGCGAAGACAUGAUCGAGGAGGCCUUCAAGCUCUUUGCAGAGAAAAACCAGUACAUAAAGAACCAAGACAAGUUCCGAAUGGUUCAGGGUAUAGCCAUGCACAAGGACCAGGCAAAAACUCUCAAGCUGUUCCUGUCUCACUUCAACGACAUCACAAAGCUCUUUGAGACGACUCUGGACAAUGUAGCUCGGUUUGUUGAAGUGUUCAUCUCAUCGCAGGUGACCAAGGAGAACAUUGCUCUGUGCAAGGAGUUCUUUGAGAAGAAGGAAAAUAUCAAGGAUGCGUGGGUUUCUGCUAUCAAGAAAGGACUGGACAAUGCAAACAUCUCCAAUCGAUUCUAUGAGAGCAACAUGACGAUUCUAAAGGAGUGGGCAGGAAAAAACACUGAAUAG